AUGACGGGACAAAGGCUCGGGAAAUGCAUCGUCCUUUGCCUGCUGCCCUGGAGCUGCCUGAGCUUUGCCUGGAGUGAUGCUGCCGGGCCCGGGACCGCCUCGCUCGGCGCAGGACACGUCAGAAUGGGGCUGCCCAGAGCCGCUGCCAACGGGACGGAGGCGCAGAGCAACAUCUCAGUGCCAUGCCCUCCUCUCCCCCCGCCACGCCAUGGAUACUACUACGUGGACAGAGGCUCCGGCGUGUCCCCGGGCUCGGUGCUGGUGUACUGGUGCCAGGAGGGAUACCAGUUGGUGGGCAGCCAGCGGCUCGCCUGCCUCCGCCAGGACAGCACCUCAUCCUGGAGCCACGCCCCGCCCCAGUGCCAGGCCGCCGCGCAGCCCUCGGGCACCGGGUCCCGCAUGGCGGUGGCCGCCUCGCUGCUGAGCGGAGCCGUCAUCCUGGCACUGUCCGUCUCCUUCGCCGUGUGCUGCUGGCGGGACAGGGCGAGGAAGAGCCGCGGCGGGCAGCAGCGGCAGCAGCGAAGGAAAGCCAGAGGACGGAAGCGUGGCCCCUGCACGGCCGAGAGGGGCAGGAACGCUUUUGGAAGACUCAAGCACUACCACCGGCGCGAUUACCACCUGUCGGCCGUCUCCAGCUCCGUGUUCCCAGGGGCAUUCGCAGGCUGCGAUAACCUGGCUUUCCACAGCAGCGCAGCCCAGCAGCCGGAGGUGCCCGCGGGAAGAUGGCGCUGUGAGGCCCCGGCGCCGCUGCGGCCCGGCCCCGCCCCGGGCAGCGGCCUGCCCUGCCCUCUGCCCCGGCACGGCCCCCGGCUGCCCCGGCACGGCCACGAGCCCCGGCUGCCCCUCGGCUGCGCCGGCCUGGAGGAACACAAGCUCUUCGGCAACUUCGGCAAGCCGGUCUGAGAAUUUAAACUGCCAUUCCACUUCCUUCCCCCCCCGCCCCUUUUAACGCUGUUAACUCCUUGAGCUCAGGAAAGCAUUUCCGAAGAGGCAAUUACUGCACCUGGGUUUUCACAUGGAGAAAACCUGACACUUCAUGCUGAAAGACAG